AGGCAUAGCAUUAGGAGUCAUCAGGCACCAGGACUCUGAAUGCCUAGAUAUAGGGAUGGUUGGUCUCCUCAUGCUAAUGAGGUUUAGACCAUGUUGAGAAGUACUUUUGUUCUGUGGGAUUUCGAGUAUACCUUAUAUGUCUAUGUCUUCAUCUUCAUCAUUCUCCUAAUUAUCUGGCAAGUAAAAAGGAGUUACCAUGGAUUAAGGCUGGAACCUCAAAGGAGCUGCUGCCUGCGUCACCGAAGAGUCAGGAUAAGAGAUGCAGCAUUUAGAGCUAGGAGACUUUCCCGGGAAGAAGCUGAGAAGCCAUGGGAGCUGCUCUCUGUCAUGAAAAGCCAGGGCUGGCUUCCUCAGGAGGGAAGUGUGCGACGGCUCCUGUGUGCAGAUACCUGCUGCCAAAUCUGCAAUUCUAUGGCUCUGGAGAUUCAGCAAUUGCUGGCGGGUGAGAACACCCUGAUCUGUCCCCCUUCAUCAGAGCCAUUGCAGGGGUCCUCUUGCCUAGAGAUUUUGUCCAUGUCUAAUGUGUCUUUAGAACAGAAUCUGGACCAAUGUUCCCUACACUCCAAAGCACUUGUAUAUCCAUCUGUAACACCCCCAGUGUUGCAAUCAAUAGAUCAGAAAUGCUUAACACAGUCAGCUGCCCAGUCGACUGGUACAGCCAGGGUGCACAAUUACUGGGCUGAACACCACCAGCUGGGGCAAGGAUUUCAAAUAACUGGGGUGCCCAGGGGCCAAGAGACUAUGUCUUGCUCAAGACUUGAGGAGGCUAGGUUAACAGUGAACCAGCAGGAGAUGAUGCAGAGCACCCCCAACCAUGUCUAUGGGAACAAAGGGCAACAGCCCUUGAAUUCCCAGGUCACUCUGCACACCCUAAACCACGAAUUCACUACCCAGACACACCCUAUGGCCUUACAUAUGGUUACUGUCCUCCCUGCCAACCUGCCAUUCCUCAGUCCUGAAGUCCUGAGGCUUCUUGAGGUACAUGUGAAAAAAUGGAUGCAUUUCCAGAGAUGGGGGCUUCCCAGGCGUGUGGAGGAGUCCCUAAGGCAGCUUAUGCCAAACCCGCCAUUCUUUUGCCAACGUGUAAAUGACCAACCAGUUUCUUUCAUCCCAAAUGAUACUUCUAAGUUCUCUGUUGAAAAACUGGGGACCUAUUCCUACCAGAACUGGGGUCCAUUUAUGGGCAGCCAGCCUACCCAGGCCUUCUGGGUUUCUGAAUGGUCCACUAUGGACCCAGAACAAAGACACCACCACCAGCAAAUCCCAAACCAUAUGGCUCUGGCCUUGCUGUCUCCAGCCCUUAAAGAAUCACGUGGCCUCUAUCCACAUCCUGGGCACCAGGCUCAUGACUCAGUGGCCCAUCUGCAGCAGAAAUACAGCCAGCUAUUCUGUGGCCACCCUUCUCUGCACAGUGAGUCCCUGGUCAACACAUUAAUAGAUUCUCAAAACUGCUCCACAAAUGGGAGCAUAUCCCAGCACCCCCUGAAGGAUGCUCUUCUCUUCAAGGAACUCUCUGUCCUCCCCCUGCUGCCUAAAACUGUACCCCAAUCAGUCCCACCCUCUUCCCCAUCUUCCCCAAAUUGGGUCACUCCAUCUGAUUACCAACAAGCUCAGAUCAGUGUUCCAUUAUUGACGCUGGCUGAGUGUGAUGCCUUGGAGUGGCACCUGCUGCAGAAGCAGCUCCAGCUUCAGUGGGGCUUGCCAGCGGUUUUCCAGAGACCUCAGCACAGCCAGAGCCCCAUACAGUAUAGGCCCUGUGGCAAAACCCAGUCUCCAGAGACAGUGAAAACUUUUUGGCCAGUGAAGCCCAUCACAGUCCUCACUAGGAAACUACUCUUCUUUCCGGAACAUGCCCGAAGGCUGCUGGAAUUCCAUCUCCAGAGGCAGUUGAUUCACCAUCGUUGGGGCCUGCCCCAAAAGAUCCAGGAGUCCAUCCAGUUGCUCCUGUCCCCCACUGAUCAGUCAACUCUGUCCUGGAGUAGCACAGCCCUAGCCAACAUGAGUGCUCCCCAACCUACAGCCCUAGAAACCACUGGGGCCGGUGACCCAUUCUCACCCUUCACAGACCCAGUGUCAGUCCCCAUGCCACACUUUUUUGACCAGACCAAGGCAAUAUUACAGAGCCACAUCAACUCCAAAUGUGGGCAGAUCCACCAGGGCAAGGUCCCUGCUUGUGUAUACAGCUCUUGGCAGUACAUAAUUCCUGGGGACCUGCAAGUGGCUCCCUUAACCUGCAUCCCAGAAAGCAAGCCCUUGGAGCUGCAGGCAGCAACUGACCCUGCCCCACAAGAGAAAGCUAUACCCUGGAUGCCAAUGGCCCUUGACCAACGGCAACAAGCCUCACGAGAUGCUGUCACUGAACACCCUAAGCUGCCCCGAGCCCUGUCUGAGGGAGCCAUUGAGAAACUGGAGACGACUUUGCGGCACAAGUAUCUGGCCUUCUUGUCAGGGCUGCCUGCUCUUUAUUAUGUGGCUCUUUCUAGGGCCAUGGGACCAGCAAUCACUACCCAAGAUGUGAUCACAGGAAUGGUGCCUGGACCUGGAAAAUUCCCAACUGAACCUCUGACUCAGAUGAUCUCAUCUGAAGAGAAAUGUCUGAGUCUUGGGCCAUGCUUUCAAGAUGCCAACAACACUUGUGCAAACAUUGCAGAUGAGUUCCAGGCUGAAGGGCAGGUAGAAGAAGAUGCCAACAACACCUGUGCAAACACUGCAGAUGAGUUCCAGGCUGAAAAGCAGGUAGAAGGAAUGAUUGAGACAGUGCAUCUAGAAAGCCAGAUAGAGACUUCUGGGCCCUACACACUCAAGAAACCCAUCUUGGCCAAAUUAAAUUUCCAUCUAAGAAAGAAGAUCCUAGAGAUACAACUGGGAAUUCCCAUAAAGGCAAGGAAGUCCAGAGAACAAACUAUAGCAAUCCCAGAGAACACAUCCACACAGGAGUCUCCAGGGAUUCUGAACAACCAAGGGAAAACAUUGCUCCAGGAUCUCCCCACCCCACCAGAUGUUCCUCAUGCCCCAGAUCCAGAAUGGCUCCACCUUAAAGAACAGCUGGCCAUUGAGUUAAAGGCAGUGCAGCAGAACCAGAAGCAACCUAGUUCCAGAGCAGUACCCCAUGGUUCUGCCCACUGGGCCUCUAAGAUCUCACAACCCAGUGGCGACAUGACAGAGGCCCAGGUACUUUGUGUUCAGCUUGAGGCCAGUGUGAACAGCCCCAGCCUGGAGGAACCCUGGAGCCCUGAGCCCCAAAGCCCCAGCAAGAGCAAAGACUCAGCCCAAGUUCCCAUGCUGGCAGAAAAGAGAAAGGACCCAGGGAAACCCAAAUUGGCAGGGGACCAUGGAGAAGGGGAUGCCGGGCUUGCACACUGCUCUACAAGAGAAAUAAGCCACCCUGAUGCAGCCCAGAGGCUAGAAGGGAUGAACAGGACACCAUGCAGUCCCUGGCAACGAAGCCAUAGCUUUCAUCUUGAUGCUUUCUGUGAACAUAGUACCCAGCACCCUCAGAUUAAGCUUCCAGAGCCACCUCCAAGAAUCCCUGGGGGGAAGGAAUCUAAGAAGAAUGACCUGCAGGACAGUCAAACCAAGCUCAAUGUCCUUCUCAAACCAGCAAGGAUUUCUAAGAAUGCCCAGCCUAUGGUGCCCCAGGCAUCAAAGGGCCAGUCUAUCCUGGGCCAACCCAUUCAGGGCAAGCCUUUGCAGGGCCAAACUUUGAAAGGUCAAGUUUUGCAGCGGCAGGUGAUGCCAGUCCAUACUAAUAAGAGGCCCAGCCUUACAGAAUCUGGCUUGAGAAGUAAGAUGAAAUCCUUUCUGCACUGUUUUAACACCAAGACAAAAGGCAAAGGGCAUGAGGAAUCCAUGUUCUCUACAGCUGCGAAGGUGGCCAAUACCAGAAGAGAAAAUGUAGAAAAGAGCCUGGCUCCAGCCAAAAGUCCCACAGGGCGAACCAAGACAGAGAAAAAAGGAGGGGACUCCAAGUCCCAAUCUUCCCCCACUGAGAAGCAGGUGUGCCUGGCCUUCUUGGAUGGUCUCCAUUCUCCAGACAGUAAACUCCGGCACCGCUCCCACUCCCAGCAACUCCACUCUGCCUCAGUCCUGAGCCACCCCCGCCACUGCCCUAGGCACUGUCCUAGAGUGGCUUUUGCUACCCAACCAGGGAACUUGCCCUAGGUCUCAACUCUCACCUCAGAGGGAAAUGUUGGUCUGCUCAAGAAGACCCAAAACAAUCAAGACUUUGUAGGCUCCCCAACAUCUGCACCCCUUGAAGAAGACUGCUGUCAUUUUCAUUAAUGUGCAGGUGGGGCAGAAUGCCACUGAAAUACACUCUGUAUCUAUAAGCAAAGAA